AUGAAGAAGAACACAGGCACUUUUUGGGCCCUCAUCCCAAGCUAUAUUUCUCUGGCAGCUGCAUCAUCAUGCUAUGCACCGGAUGGCUCACAAGUAGCCAGCUCAAUAUACCAGCCAUGUGUCUCUAUUUCAGGUGUACAUUCAAUGUGCUGUAAACUGAACGAUGCGGAUCCAGAUACGUGUGAUCCCUCGGGGCUUUGUCUAACAAGCGGAGGAGCAUAUUACCGGGAGUUCUGUACGGAUCAAUCGUGGAACUCGACGAAUUGUUUGCCCAAGGAUAUCUGUGGCAAUCAGAACGGCGGAAACUCCGAUUGGACCUAUCAACUGACUAACUGCGGCGACGGAUCCUGGUGCUGUGGUAGUACCACUGCCUGCUGCAAUACAUACGAGACAUUUACUCUUGAUUCAACACUCGUCAAGUUUCCUUCUAAUUCCGAUUCCGGUUUAAACUCCAACUCCAACUCCAACUAUAACUGCGGUUCUAGUUCUGGUUCGAAUUCUGAAUCUGACUCCGAUGCUUCUGCUACCUCUGCUGCCACAACAGGAACUGGAACCCCACUGGGUGACAGUAGCAGCGGCAUCAGCAGCGAACAGGAUCAGUCCAACCCUGACAAGAUGAAGAAGAUUGCGAUUGGCGUCGGGGUUGGAAUACCAUUAGCCUGCAUAGCCGUGGCUAUGCUGGGGGCUGGAUAUGUCUGGGGCAGAAGGAGUAUGAAGAAGGAGAUGCAGCCGAAAUUCCAACAUCGCAUUCUGAGUCUUCCGCUGGAGAAGCCAAAGGGCGAGAUUGGAUGCCCGCGUUCCGCGGACGAUGCUUCAAGUGUGUCUCAUUGUCUAGAGAUGGUGCGAAGCCCAUAA